AUGCUCAAACGACUCCCACUACCUACAGCUACCCUUAAUAUUAAAGCUUUGAAUAGUUCAACUUUGUCAGUAUUCUCACCAGAAGACACACUUGGUACUAUUUGGAAUCGGCUGAUGGUUGAAGAGCAGAAAUUGAGCCCAAAUUUCGAUGAAUACUAUACAAGUUGUGCUCCAGCUAUCUGUACAUACACAAUUGUACAGCGAAUGGAUCGGGUUUAUAUCGUUACAACCAUCAGUGGACUGUUUGGUGGCCUUGUCACUAGUCUUCGUCUUAUUGUUCCUGUUGCUGCAAAGCUUUUUCAUUUAAUUUUCUUUCAUCAACGUCGGCGUCGAUCAAAUAUUCAUGAUCAAGAGCUAGACCGCCAUGAAGGUAAGCAACCGUCUCAUACUUAA